AUGGCGGGCUCCGAUCUCGUUGACCAUUCUCCCCGCCAUCCCACCAAAGCCGCACAGCUGGCCAGUGCCUCGAAUGUCAUUCUCAUUGACAACUACGAUUCUUUCACCUGGAACGUAUACCAAUAUCUUGUUUUAGAGGGCGCCACCGUCACGGUCUUUCGCAAUGACCAGAUCACCUUGGAAGAGCUGAUUGCCAAGAAGCCGACUCAACUCGUCAUUAGUCCCGGCCCAGGUCAUCCAGAAACAGAUGCUGGCAUCAGCAAUGCGGCGAUUAAGUACUUCGGUGGGAAAAUACCCGUGUUCGGUGUCUGCAUGGGACAGCAAUGUAUGAUCACGUCUUUCGGUGGAAAGGUCGACGUUACCGGUGAAAUCCUGCAUGGCAAGACAUCGGUACUAAAGCAUGACGGCAGAGGUGUCUAUGAAGGCCUGCCUCCUGCGGUUGAAGUGACUAGAUAUCACUCGUUGGCUGGGACGCAUGCGACUAUCCCAGACUGUCUGGAAGUUACAUCUUCUGUCCCAUUGAACGAUGGCAGCGGCAAGGAGGUCAUCAUGGGGAUCAGACACAAGCAAUACGCAGUGGAAGGUGUCCAGUUCCACCCGGAAAGUAUUCUCACGGAGCAUGGCCGCACCAUGUUCAGAAACUUCUUGAAGCUUACAGCCGGGACCUGGGAGGCCAAUGGCAAAUCCUCAUCGGGCUCGGCCAAUGUGAACGGCACCGCAGCAAAGGUAGACAAGAAGACUUCCAUCUUGAAUAAGAUUUAUGAUCACCGGAGAGCAGCCGUUGCUGUUCAGAAAUUGAUUCCAUCCCAACGUCCCGAAGAUCUUCAGGCUGCGUACAACCUCAGCCUUGCACCACCUCAGAUUUCAUUUCCUGCUCGCCUCAGACAAUCCCCCUAUCCACUGUCAUUGAUGGCAGAGAUCAAGCGGGCUUCUCCAUCCAAGGGCAUGAUUGCGGAGACGGCAUGCGCUCCGGCUCAGGCCCGGCAAUAUGCUAAGGCUGGGGCUAGUGUCAUCUCAGUCCUCACUGAGCCAGAAUGGUUCAAAGGCAGCAUCGACGAUCUGCGAGCCGUCCGUCAGAGCCUGGAGGGCUUGCCCAACCGGCCUGCUGUCCUUCGGAAAGAGUUCAUUUUUGACGAAUAUCAAAUCUUGGAGGCACGUCUAGCUGGUGCCGAUACCGUCCUGCUCAUCGUGAAGAUGCUGAGUGUUGAGCUUCUUACGAGGCUUUACAAUUACUCUCGCGGUCUUGGAAUGGAGCCUCUCGUCGAAGUCAACACUCCAGAAGAGAUGAAAAUUGCUGUUGAACUGGGCGCCGAGGUGGUGGGCGUCAACAAUAGGGAUCUGACAAGCUUUGAAGUCGAUCUUGGCACUACGAGUCGGUUGAUGGACCUGGUACCUGAAAGCACCAUCGUUUGUGCUCUCAGUGGUAUCUCUGGACCGAAGGAUGUGGAGGCUUACCAAAAGGAUGGUGUUAAGGCUAUCCUUGUCGGCGAGGCGCUGAUGCGGGCCCCAAACACAUCUGCCUUCGUUGCAGAACUUUUAGGGGGAAACGCAGAAAAUAGCUCCAAGUCGGCACCGAGCUCACGCUUGGUGAAGAUCUGUGGCACUCGCUCGGAAGCGGGUGCACGAGCUGCUGUCGAAGCUGGUGCAGAUCUGGUUGGCAUUAUCCUCGUGGAAGGUCGUAAACGAUGUGUACCCGACGAUGUCGCUCUGCGCAUUGCUCAGGUAGUGAAGUCAACCAAGCGCCCUACUGUCCAGCCUGACCCCACAUCACCCGCCAAUUCUUCUUCUUCUGACUUCUUUGAUCAUUCCGCCCGCGUCCUGCGUCAUCCUACGCGGGCUUUGCUUGUGGGUGUGUUCCAAAAUCAACCAUUGGCUUACAUCCUGGAUAAGCAGCGAAAACUAGGUUUGGACGUCGUGCAGCUGCAUGGGUCAGAGCCCCUCGAAUGGGCCAGCCUAAUCCCGGUGCCCGUCAUUCGUAAAUUUGCCUUGGAUGAGUCUGGUAUCGCACGCAGAGCUUACCACAGCUUGCCUUUGCUCGAUUCCGGUGCAGGUGGCUCUGGUGAGCUUCUUGAUCAGGCGCGUGUUCAGAAGAUCCUUGGUAGCGAUGAUGGGCUACGAGUUAUUCUGGCAGGUGGCUUGGACCCUUGUAAUGUUGUUGACACCAUCAAGAAGCUGGGAGACUCUGGGCACAAAGUGGUUGGGGUUGAUGUGAGUUCUGGCGUGGAAUCUGACGGUUCACAAGAUCCUGCCAAAAUUCACGCUUUUGUGCAAGCUGUGAAAAACUUCGAAGCUUAA